ACUGCCCAGCACCUGGCACAGAGAGUGCGGGGCAGGGACAGUAGCUGGGCAAGGCGACGGGCACAGGGAUCCCGUCCGUGGGGGAAUCCCGGCACCGGAGGUCAGGGAGCCCUCGCUGCCUCAGUGGGAAGCCAUGGGCUGCUGGGGGGCCCCCAGACACAUGCUGGCCUGCCUGCUUGUCCUGCUCCUCCUGCACCCGCUGCCCUCGCCAGCCUGCCCCGCUGUCUGCCGCUGCUCUGCUGAGGAGGUGGACUGCAGCGAGCGUGGCCUCCGCCAGGUGCCCCAGGGCCUGCCGGCCAACACCAGCACCCUGUGGCUGGGCUACAACUUCAUCACUGUGCUGGGGCCGCGCUCCUUCCUCAUCCUGCCUGGGCUGCGGCUGCUCAGCCUGUCCCACAACCGCCUGGGGAUGAUCCACAGUCGGGCACUGCUGGGGCUUGGGGCACUGCAGGAGCUGGACCUCAGCAGCAACCACCUCACCACGCUGAGCCCCGAAACCUUCCUGCCCCUCACCAGCCUGGCCACGCUCAACCUGGUCAGCAACAAGCUGGGGCAGCUGGACCCGGGCGUGCUGGGCGCCCUGCCCCAGCUGCGAGCCGUCCUCCUGCGGGGCAACCCCUGGGCGUGCAGCUGUGACAUCCUGCCCCUCUGGCGCUGGCUCAGCCACAACAGGGAGAAAGUGCAAGAUAAGAGUUCACUCCUCUGCAGAGUCCCGGAGCAGAUGAACAGGUAUCCGAUCAUGGCCUUUGGAAAUGAGUCCUUCAGUCAGUGCCAGGAGGUCCCACUGUCUGUCCGGCACUACAUCACCUUCUUGAUCAUCGGACCAUUCUCCUUCAUGGCGAGCAUUUUCUUCUGCAUCUUCAUGGGUUACAUUGUAGUCAUUUACCACCAUCUGUGCAAGGAGCCCCACUUCUGGAGGAGACCCCGUGUCUGCAGGGGCCGCUGCAGCAGGGCAACCAGGCUUUAGCCCUGGGCAGGCGGUGGUCCAUGCCCUUCUACAGCUGGCUGCACCCCCAUGUUGCAAACAUUUCCCUGUGGACCAGGGAGAGGAUGCUCUGUUUCUGGAACUCACUCUUUUUCCUCCUCCUGGAGUCCCCUGAGAUGAUGCCAAGCUCC